AUGUCCUUUCCGCCACCUCCAGGUCUUAGGCAAGCACCUUCGUCGCUCCCUGCGCGCCCACCACCACCAGCGAGCACUGCUUCGCCUGCCACCUACCAACAACCCGCAUACUCGGCUGCGCCCUCGUAUGCACCGCCCGGUGCAACCAGCGGAUAUGGCAGUCACGGGCCGUCGCGACCGGGCUACGGCGCCGCCACUGCCUUCGCACCGCGCUCGGUAGCCUCAACUCAACCCUACCGUACCAGCACAUCGUACCAGAGCGCCCCGACCUACUACGGCGCCCCGGCCCAGUACAAUGACGGCACCUCGUAUGGCCCGUCCGUGCCGCGGAUCCAGAACCCCUUCCAGCCCGCCGCCGGAAGGGGCUACGGCGGCCGCCAUGACUCCGGCAUGGACCCGGAGACGGAAGCGCAGAUUGCGCAGUGGCAGAGCGCCUACGCGAACAAGGAAGAAGUCCCGGCCCCCGGCAAGGUCCCUGGACGCCGAGAUGCCGACCAGGGAAUCGGGGCUGGGCCUGCAUCCGGCGCGAACACACCAUCCGGUGCCGCCGCCGGUGCCAACACGCCCGCGCCGAUAGUGGGGGUGCCGGAGCCCGCGCCGAAGACAGUUGUCCGCUCCGGUGGUGGACAGAACUGGACCGACUCGACACUCUUGGAGUGGGAUCCGGCGCACUUCCGUCUGUUCGUGGGAAACUUGGCGGGCGAGGUUACGGACGAUUCCCUGCUGAAGGCGUUCGUCAAGUACACGUCGGUGCAGAAGGCGCGGGUGAUCCGCGACAAGCGCACGCAGAAGAGCAAGGGCUACGGGUUUGUCAGCUUCAGCGACGGCGACGACUAUUUUAAAGCGGCGAGAGAAAUGCAAGGCAAGUACAUUGGUUCGCAUCCGGUUCUGCUCCGGCGGGCCACCACCGAGGUCCGGCCCGUGUCCAACAACAAGAAUGGAAAGAAGCACGGGGGUGGAGGCGGCUCGGGUGGGGGCAGUGCUGGUGGGGGCAAGGUCAAGCAUGAUGGAGUCAAGAAGCAUGGAAAGACCAAGGGCGGACUGAAGAUUCUCGGAUGA